GAAGGCCGGGCUGCCAGGCUCCGCUCCGCGCGUCGGUCAAGCUGCGUCAAGCGCUGCAGCGGUAGCCGCGGGUGCGGUGAAAACAGGAGGAGGAGAAGGAAGCGUCGGGGAAGGGAGGCAGAGCCCGCAGUCUCCGGGCUGGAGGAGUCGGGCCUCCGUUGCGGCCAGAGCAGAGCAAGUGGGGCGGCGGGGAGAGAACAGCAAGACGGCUAUCAGCCCCCGGGCUUGCGACUCGAGCGCUGCGAAUGGGAAGAAGCGCGCCGGGGGAAGAGGGGUUUCUCUGAAACGGGAGAAAACCCGGAAGACAAACACCCGCGCACGCCUGGUUCCCGCUUCUGCAGAAUCCAGACAAUCCGCCUUCACUCGGCUUUUAAACCCUGGAAAGACUUUGGCUCGGAUUUCGAUUUGCAUUUCUUAUUCCCGCUGCACCACCUAUCAGUCCGCUCACUUUCCCACUCCUCUUUAGAAACGGAGCGCGCUCCCUUUUCCCCCUGUCUAGACAUUUGGCGCUGUUAGCCUCCCAGCUUUUAACUCGGAUUUUGCGCGGAAUUUACCUCAGUCCGAUCAGGCGCGUUGAUUGAUGUGUCUCCUCGGUUCCAGUUCGUGCAAUACGCCCAGCAGGACUUUUCCGAAUCGCAUAUUGUUUUGAUCGAUGCAUUCCUUUUAUUUAAAAUUGCACCAAUCGUCCAAUUUUACCCAGGAUUACAAAACUGUCGGUUCACUCUUUUAUGUAACGCCCUGCUUUUCUCUUUUUUUAACCGGAUUGCCGAGCGCUCCUGGCGCGCUAAUCUGGGUUUCCCAUAUUUUUUGAGCACAGCAAUCCGGAUUAACAUAGUAAAACUGCUGAAGGUGUUUGCUAGUUUUCAGAGCGAUGUUGCCAGGAUCUAUUCAGAUCUCUGGGGAGACUUUAUCCAGUGCGGAGAUUCGGGAUAUUUGUGAGAGCUUGCGGGAGAACUCCAUCAAACUGCUUUCCCUCCGUGGUUGUCAACUUUCUGAUCGAGAUUUCGGUCGCAUCUGCAAGGGGGUAGCAGAGUCUCAUUCCCUGGCUCAACUUAAUCUUAACUUGGGGAUUGUUUCCAAUAUCAAUCGGGUCAAGCAAUUGGCUGAAGCUCUGAAGACAAACCGCUCUGUCCAAUCUUUAUUCCUUCAUGGGAGUCCUCUGACAGAUGCUGGUCUGGCCAUUCUCAACCCAGCUUUAUCCAUCCAUCCAUCCCUUGUGGCCUUGGACCUGGGGGACUGCAUGCUGGGAGAUGAAGGUAUCAACUUGAUUUGUGGCCUUCUUCCUCCUGAUGGGGCCAAGUCAGGAUUGAAGGAACUGACUCUGAGUGCAAAUUCUGGCAUCACCCCCAAGGGAUGGGGACGUCUGGCUAUUGCAGUGGCUCAUAGUUCCCAGGUGCGAGUGCUGAAUCUGGACUACAAUCCCCUGGGUGACCAGAUAGCAGCAAUGCUGGCUGUUUCAGUGGCAUCCAGCCGUACCUUAGAAGUUUUAGACUUGGAAGGGACAGGACUUACCAACCAGUCAGCUAUGAUCCUAUUGGACAUGGUGGAAAACUAUCCAACAGCUCUGAGGACAUUGAUCCUGGCAGAGAACAACAUUAGUCCUGAACUACAGCAACAAAUCUCAGACCUUCUUUCAGAGGGGGAGGAAGAAGAUGAGACUGUGCCCCAUGAAGUGAUGGCCAGAGAGAAGAAUUCCUGGAUCUGUCAAAGCAGAUGAAAUCUUAAUAGAAGCUGAUGGAUACUAAAUUUGACUAUAAACUAAUAGUUAAUGCUUUCAUGGAGAUGGCAAGCCACUUCCAAAAUCUUUCCAAGAAAACUGCAGGGAAGACUUCUGGGGAAGAAAUGGCAAGCUGAAGAUGGCACCACAAAAGGUGAAGCUCACCGUGACAGAAUGAAGAUCCAGCGAGUAGACUGCCUCUCCAUAAUUUCUCUCUGGAUAAUGAGAGGACUUGAGAUCACCCACAAAUGCUCCACAUAGUUGUUCCUCGUAGGGAGACACAAGACAGCGAUCUCCAGUAGCUUUAAAGCUCUGGGAGAUGAGGGAAUAGCCAUCUUGUUCCAACUACAAUUGGCUCCUCAAAAAGACACGUGGUUCGCAUACUUCCUUUCCUAAUCGCUUUUGGAAAAUGCUUGUUAACUGCUUUUCAGCUAUUAAGAACUUUCAAAUUAACAAGUUUUACAAUACCCAGUGAGUCUCCUUCAAUCCUUUGUGAAAUAAGUUUUAAAUACUUAAUAAAUAAUACAUUUUUUCUAGAAUAAACAGCAAAAAGGAUGAUUAAAACUUUGAGUUUAGAACAGAUGAAGGGUUCACAUAAAUUGGGGGAAAAGAUUUUGAAAUUAAUGAUGUAGAAUGCUUUUGUUUUGAGUUCCUUUAAAAAAUAAGAAAGCUGCAGGGACUGUCUAGGCAGUCACCAGGGGACACUAAAGUGCACAUACACAAUAAAUAAAUAAAUGUUUUCAUCCUGAAAGUGAUUUUCUUGAAUCAUUCCUAUAAAUUGGUAUGUGGCAGUAGGAAUUAAUAGAGUCAUUUAGCCUGCUUACAAACAUAUACCAGACUGGUUUCCAGUUUGUUUGUUUUUUAUAUGAAGCAGCUCCAUAACUGAAAAUCAGAAGUUAAGAUAUGGUUGCACCUUCAAAAUAUAUCUAAAAUUAAUGCAGCAAUAUAUUAUUAUCUUGGGGAGAUAAGAUAGUACAAAUGAAUAUCUUUUUUCUUUCCAAUUUUAGGGGGGGAAAGAGGCUAGUUUACUGCAUCUUUACUCUAGUUUCACAUAGGCCCAAACCUUGUACUUGGAAAAUAAAAAUGGAAGCCUAAUUCUUCAUUUGGAGCUAUACACACCUAUCCAUUAAAUAAAUAAAUAGUAGAAGGUACAAUUCUGUGAAAAAGUAUGUGCCAAUUUUUCAAACAUGCUGAAUGUUUAUUACCUUGGUAUAGCGCUGAUACUAAAAGUCAUCAGAACUUCAUAGCUGUCAUAUUGAUAUAAAACCAGAAUCAGAGUAAACACCUAACACUAAAAUCUGGUGCUGCUUUUUUAACAUAACUUUAUUAAGGAUUUUAAAAAUACAUUCCAAAGAUCAGUCAUAAUCACCAUUCAGUGCCAUUGUAACUUCAAACAGCAGCUGAAUGAAUGGAUUGUAAGCUGAGGACUACCAGUAAUAAACAAUAAACAGAAAUUUAAAAAAAAGAAUAGAUAAAAAUAGAUAAUCUUGGUUCUUAUUUCAUUCUGAUGUUAUAGGAUUUGAUCUCCCUUCACUUUGUUUUUCCCAUCUCAAAAGUUUCUUCAAUUUUUUUAAUAUACAUUUGUAAAUCUGAUAAAAAGUAAUUAUCCAAAUUAUUCUGUCUUACCAUUUGAGGUUCCAUUUUGUCUGUCAUCUCUGAUUUAUAGUCCAGAAUUUAUUUCCACGUAUUUCUGCACUUGUUUAUUCCUUUCGUCCGGUCAAUCUUCCAAAAUAUUCCUUUUCAGUUAUCAUUUCUUCUUUAAAAUCUUUUGGAAGUAAUACAUUCCUAUACUGUAGGAAAACAAUGUUGUGGACAUUGUAACUACCAGAUCAUAACCCUUCUUCCAAAAUUUCCUGAAAUGUCUGAAAUGUCAUAAAGUUGUCAUUUGUAGGUUCUACAAGACUUUUUCUUUCUUCUGCCUGAAGUCUUUAGCCCCCUCUAGUGCUUUAUUUUUAAAAUUGCAAAAUUUGACAUGUUUUUUUUAAUUAUUUCCCAAAGCUUUUAACAAAAGUCCUAAUAUUCCAAAAACUGCCUGAUCUCUUAAAUUGUUUGUAACUUUUAAAGUUCUUAUUAAGCUUUUUGCUGUUUAUCUCAAUUUCUUUAAAUUAUGCAGACAGUUAAUUUAUCUUUUGUAUUGGAACAAAUAUUAACUCAGCAGGUAGUUUUACAAACUUGUUGCUUUAAAGAUUUCGUGCAAUUUUACAGUAAUUACACUUCAGAGGUGUUUAGAAAGUGAGGCUUAACCUGGUGUUCUUAAAAGACUCUGCUACAAUUGACGAUGGCUUCCCUUGUCUCUUGAUGCUGAAAUCUGCAGGAAACUGCUGUUAUCACUAGAUAGAGAUGGCUGGAUUUUUGCUGUUGUGAUUUUGAGACGAAAUUAAAAGAGAAAUUCACAGGCUGAAAAUUAACCAUUUUGCUUUUGGAUUUUGGCAGCACUAUCUACGGGGCCUAAAGGAAGAUAAAAAUUGCCAGUGUCAAUGCUAAAGAAAUUUUUUUCCAUUUCAGAUUCUAGUUCCCAGAUGGUCUUGGUAACAUCAGGCCUUGGAGAAAGUCUAUUAGCGGAAACAGAGAUGUGAACAGAAUGUCUGAUGAGAAAAGUAUUUCCAUGUACUGUAUUUGGAAAGAUCAUAUAUUGGUAGAAAUGUGUAUUUUCACACAUCUUGUGUAAUGUCUACUGUGCUUCUGAAAUUUGUGUGUGCACUAAUCCAGGGGUGUCAAACUCGCAAUGUCACGUGACGUGUCGCGACGUAUCAUGACUUUUUCUCCAUUGCCGGCAAUGUGGUGGGCAUGGUUUCGGCAUGACGCAUCCGGCCCAUAGGCCAGCAGUUUGAAACCCCUGCACUAAGCAAAGAUAGGAAAGCUGAUAUGCCUGUAUGCAAAUACUAGGCUGUGUGACUGCAGAUCCAUACACUAGUCACCUUUCUUUUCCCUACUCUGGAACCAGGUCCUAAUUAAUCAGUCCUUAUCAUCUGCUUUUGAUGAUUCAGUUGCUGUAUUUUUAUAUUUUGCCAUACUUAACUGAUCUUGGGGAGAAGCUGCUUUUUCAGAUGUAUAUAUGUAUAAGAGAUAUUCUUUUUAUUGCUUGUAUUUAUGCUUGGGUAAAAUUUUAUAAACUUCACAAAACAUGGCAGAGUUCUGAUCUAAGUAUCGAUGAAAAAGUUAGAAGGGAUGAGAUGUACACUGAAAAUAGUAACAGCUCACCUGAACACGGCAUCAGUAAAACAGUUUGGCUGCUUGA